UUCUCUCUCUUACUUUUUUCCACUACCAAACUAUUUGUACCCAACCCCUAUGGUGCAAUAAUAAAAAAAAAGGAGGAAGUAUAAUCUUUAUCUUCUCUCUCCUAUUUUCCCCCCAAAUUUAUUCAAGAACCCAGAUCUAGGGUUCAUACACCCAAAAAUUAAAUCCCACCACCAACAUCAACCGGAUUUUUCGCAGUACAAUGCAAUUACAAAACUAAAAUAUUCAUGUCGAUCGACUCCGUAUUCAUGUUCUGUAUUUGAGCUAAACUCAGGAGAGAGAAAAUUUGAGCGAGAGCUUGCAAGAGAUCCAUGUAAAGUAUUGAUUUUUUUUCUAUUUGCAAAGUAGGUGGAAUUGGAUAUUUUUCCCAUGGGGUAUCAUUACAGCGAUGGCCUAUCUUCUGAAACGGAUGAGGAAUAUGUUAAGAAAAGAAGAAGGGGAAAAACACCUAUCUACUUUGAAGAAAGUGAUGACUUAGUAGAUGAUUCUGGAGAAUGCAUCCCAAAGAGUUAGCCUUGUGGGGAGGAUGUUUUUUUAUUCAGAAGCAUCAUUAGAUGAAGAAGCGCGGGCAAAGCGUAAAAGGCAGAGAAAAGCAUACCAUCUUGAAAGUUCUAGUGAUGAAGAUGAUGUUAUCUCCAAACAUUGUCCACAUCAAAGCCCUCCUUCUACUCCAUCCAAUCAAGUUCAAAAUUUAGAAGGACUUGAAGUUCCUGAUACACCGGAACAUAUUUGGAACACUGGUGAGAAAAGACAAGUAAGGUAUGUGCCCAAGGAGACUCAGUUUGAACCUGUAACUUCCCUUGUCGAUGACACGGAUGCCAUUCAAAGUCCUGAUAGUUUAGCCUUGGAUGACUCGGAUGCCACCCAAGCUCCUGAUAAUCAUGACUCGGAUCCCACUCAAACUCCUGAUAAUUAUGACUCGGAUGCCACUCAAACUCCUGAUAAAUAUGACUCGGAUGCUACUCAAAACCUGAUUUAGAAGAAAAGAGUACCUCAAAAUCUGCAUGAAAGCCUUGAGAUUUCUCGAGAUUAUAAAGCUCUUCAAGGUCCUCAAUUC